GUAACUUCGUGUUGCUCUGUGUUAGCAAUUAUGUGAAGUAGUUACAUCUAUAUUCUGCAGGAAAAAAAAAAGACUGAGACAUUAAGAUUCUCAGCAGAACCGCAACACUGAAUAUUCUUGACAUAAGGGACGCUUUUAUGUGACAGAAUGGAUGAACAGUCACAAGGCAUGCAGGGGCCUACUGCUCCACCAUUUCAGCCACAGAAAGCCUUGCGACCCGACAUGGGCUAUAAUACACUUGCCAAUUUCCGAAUAGAGAAAAAGAUUGGCCGUGGGCAGUUCAGUGAAGUUUACAGAGCAACGUGCCUGUUGGAUGGGGUACCAGUGGCACUGAAGAAGGUUCAGAUAUUUGAUUUAAUGGAUGCCAAAGCCCGUGCUGACUGCAUCAAAGAAAUAGAUCUUCUUAAGCAACUGAAUCAUCCAAAUGUAAUUAAAUAUUAUGCCUCAUUCAUUGAAGACAAUGAACUGAACAUAGUGUUGGAAUUAGCUGAUGCUGGAGAUCUCUCUAGAAUGAUAAAGCAUUUUAAGAAGCAGAAGCGGUUGAUUCCUGAAAGAACAGUUUGGAAGUACUUCGUUCAGCUUUGCAGUGCCUUGGAACAUAUGCAUUCUCGUCGUGUUAUGCACAGAGAUAUAAAGCCAGCUAAUGUGUUCAUUACAGCUACAGGGGUAGUAAAGCUUGGAGACCUUGGACUUGGUCGAUUUUUCAGCUCCAAAACCACAGCAGCACAUUCUUUAGUUGGUACACCUUAUUACAUGUCUCCAGAGAGAAUACACGAAAAUGGUUACAACUUCAAAUCUGACAUCUGGUCUCUGGGCUGUCUGCUGUAUGAGAUGGCUGCACUGCAGAGUCCCUUUUAUGGUGAUAAAAUGAACUUGUACUCCCUAUGCAAGAAGAUAGAACAGUGUGACUACCCACCUCUCCCUUCAGAUCACUACUCAGAGGAACUGCGACAAUUAGUUAAUAUGUGCAUCAACCCAGAUCCAGAGAAGCGACCAGACGUGACCUACGUCUACGAUGUGGCGAAACGUAUGCACGCACACACUGCCAGCAGCUGAACAGCCCUCUGAUCGUGAAGAAGAAAGCAGAAAUAACCAAGUAUUUUAAGAAAAUCAUCCCACCUCUUUGUUUGUGUGUUACUGAUAUGUAAUUGUUUGAAGCUUACUGUUGUGCUUUGAAUUGUAAACCAAUUUAUAUACGAGCUUUUUUGUUUUCUGUUUGUUUCUAUUUUUUUGUAUUUUUUACUAACUUGCAGUUUUACAACAGGUUCAAGUAUGUAAAGCAUAACUUUAAAAGAUACCAAGAACCACCGUUUUCCAUGUUAAGUGGGUUCAAGUAGAUUUUCUUUAAUAACAAAAUCGUGUUGGGUUGGGCCUCAGUUCUAAACCACAGUUGCACUUUUGCACAUGAUACAGAUAUUAGGCUUAUUAUCCAGAAGCAAAAUGUCUGAAUCUCUCACCUUUUUAGUAAUUUAUGGAAAGUAUGAAUCAGCACAGUUAACUUUAUUUUAAUCUUUGUUCUAAGAGGGACAUAAUUAUUAUAGAAGGUUAUUGUAUUUUAUAUUAAAUUGUAGUUUGCAGCUCUCAGCAUUCAGAGUAGACAGGUGAUCGGGUUAGUUCUCUGCUUGCCAAACAUGAUGGAAAAAUUAUCACGCUGAAAUUUUUGUAACAUCCUUUUUUCUUUUCAUAUUCUGUCAUAAUGCGCAUAAAACAUUUGUUGGAGGUUUUCUGGGAAAAUUUAAGGUGUUGAUUCUGCGAUCUGAUCAUUUUCAAUAGACUUGUGCAGCACUGCCCUGGGGCAAUAGGAGUCUGCAUAGUUAAGUCUUAAAACCAUGCAGAUGCUUCUUGUAGCAAAUAGGGUUCUUUUGAGGCUAGUGUUUAUGAGAAGGUCAGAUUAAAAGACGUGAUCUUUAAGUUACAACUUCCCAACUGUUUAUGUAUAUGCCACUGUUUGUAGAUUUUUGUGUUUAAAAUAAUUUGAAUAACCUUACAGUGUAUUUAAAUUUUUCUUUUUUAAAUACAGAAACUUUUUGGAAAAGAUAUAACAGUGUAGUAUAACACAAAAUGUGUUAUUCAUGGAUAUCUCAUUUUGUAUGCUGUAUUCUGAGAAUUAGUUUUAUAUUUAGCAAAAGUAAAUUUUAGAUUUUAUAUUGAAGAGAAAGGUGCCACUUCUUCAUUUGGGAAAUAAAUAUACAUGCAAAAUGUCUUACAAAUACUUUAUUAGCUGAAAAGGAAAUUCAGAAUAUUUUUUUAGACCUUAGUAACUUUUCAGGUAUGCUUAAAUAAUAUUUUUAUUGUUAAGGAAGGUGUCUUGUUUUUAAAUGUGGUAAAAAUGGAGGAUGGACUGAAAUUUCUUUCAGUUUCUGAGUUUCAAGACUGAACUUUUUAUUCAGAACUGUCAAAACAUAAUUUUUACCAAUGAAACUGUUACGAAGCUGUUAUGGUCAGUUAAAUCUUUUUCCUUAUGUGAGUAAAAAGAAGUUACUUUAAAUAAAAGCAGCACUGUGUACAUACACAUGUAGGUUGUAGAUGCAGCCAGUUCCCUGCACACUCAGAUUUUUUUUUGUUUGUUUGUUUCUCUAUGCAGCUUCAAUUUUUGGUUUGGUACAAUGCUCAAAGAAUAAAAAUCCAGCUGUGGAGUUUGUGAAUGAAAUGCUCAAGCUAGAUUGGGGGGGUUUCUUAUUUUGUAUUUUUUAAAACUACCAAUACUAUGGAAAUUGUGUUUGGCAAAAUACAGGAGUUUUUAAAUAGUAUGUGUCAGAUCAUCAGCUUAUCUUAAUACAUUUUUUUUUUCAUUUUUGUUCCCAGAUUUUGUAGGAUGAAUCCUUAGUUUUCCUUCUAGCUUCUGUGUAUACUUUAUCUUGUAGGAUUUCAGUGAAACAAUUUGUAGGGAAGAAGUAUUUGAGAAACCUUGGUUUGUGUCUAACAACCUCUGUUUGUUUUCAUUUAUUAUCUGAUUAUUGAAUUUUAAAAAUGAUGGUUAUAUUCUAUAGCAGUAGUUCAUAUGCCAUAGAACGAAAUGGUUUAUAUUGGAAAAGGCAGCACAAUAUGUGCUUGACUGCCAGGAUUAGCUCUUAAAAUGCACAAGUAGUCAAACCAGGUUUUUAUUUUUUUCUGAAAUAUACUAGAACAUUUAGAAAUCAUUAAAAAAAACUCAACACAGGUAAUUUGCAUUUAAUAUUAUGCAUCAAGUAUUGAACUUUUCCUGAAAGAAACCAACAAUAGAUUGUUUUUUGUUUAUCAUCCUGUCUGGUAGUAUAUAUUAAGUAAAGAAAUCAUGUAGCAGUUAGCAAAUGUGCAUACUUAAGCAUUUAAUUCUUUUUAUUGUUGUGUUUCGUAUUUAUGAUUAAAUCUUGUGCUGAGGAAAAGAAAAAGCUGUUCUUAUUUUAAAAUUUGUAAAAUGAAUGGUACAGAUGACUCUGGUACCAAACUUAAUUAUUAAGGAGCCUAUAUGGGUUAAUAGAAUUGUUUAUGUAACUGGGGAUUGUUGAAUCUAUCCCCUAAGUAAAGCACCUGGUAACGUAAAAAUAGUAAGUCUGUUACGACACUCCCAUGUGUGCUACACGCUUAUAAAAUAUUUUCUUUUAUAAAACACCGUUCUAGUUUUCGUAUGUCGUUGAUGGUGACAUUUGGCACUAUUUAUUUUAAGCUAAGGCAUUACAUGUUUAUUUUCUUUAAAAAGAACGUGUUACAUUUUUAACCAAAAUGUCUGACUAGUUCCUCCUUUUAUUUCAGUAAUGCUAAAGUAUUAACUUGCUUCACGAGUAAACUUUGUGCUUUGAAUGACAUUGCAUAAAAAUCUUUGUCUUGUCCUGAAAGCUCCCCUGCUGUGCAGUAAUCUAAUAGAAAUAAAACAUGCAGAUAUUGAAUACAAUGUAAAAACUAUAGUGUUUAUAUAUUUUUCUCAAACUUUUUUGUUACAGAUAUAUAUAUGUUACAGUAGAUGCUACCUAUCUUGUGGACUGUUUACUGCUUCCAGUAGAUGAUAAUGCAUGCGUUUUCUUGACUGUAACAAAAGACAGUAUAUUCAAAAAAUCUUUUUUUGUAUUAUUUGUCAAAAAUUUAUCUAAAAAUGCUACAUCAGAUAUAUUCAUGAAUAACCCAAAAGAGCGUUUUUAUCUAAAAUUUAAAACAAAUAUAACAUUAUUUUCAAACUGUGUGAAAAUGUCUGAAAGGCAUAAGAAGACCUCCCUGUUAUGACCCCAGUCCUGUGAGCUCUUGUUUAUAGGUAGGCUGGUUUUUAUGUAAUUUCAAUAAUUUUGAGUGAAGUUCAUAUACAUACAUGAGUAAAUAGUAAUCAGUAAGGUAUAUAGAAAUUAUGUACUUGGCUCGCUUUUUAUACCUUCUGUAUGUCACUAGUUUUGUAGCAGGGAAUAAUGUGUUUUUUCCCCCUCUUCUGUUGCACUCUAAUGAUCCAGCUACCAAUUGUACGAGCAGGCCAAGUAUGGUGGCUUUUUGUAAUGAACAGAAACUUUAAAAACAUGCCAAUAUACCGGAAGAUGAAAUGCACUAUUAGAAGUGUCUGAGAAGGCUGGUGUUUUAUUCAUGCUCAUGAUUAAGAAAGCCAUAGACUGAAAUUCUUGACAGAGGCUUGGAAAUGGGGAAGGACUUCUUAUGCCAGUGGUUCUCAGAUAUCUCUGAACGGGACCCAGAAUCACAGUGAUGUCUGUUUUCAACGAUCUGUCCACUUAAUCUCUGAUUUCACUGUUAACACAGUGAGAUGAGAAUCUUAAUGGCUGAAUUUGAAUGCUGGUGGAGAGUGCUGUGUCAGGUAUUUGAGCUUUCUUAGGAACAGGAGGUUGAUGUGAGGGAGAGUCAACGAAGGCCUUUAAGUCUUGCUUUGUGGAGAGUUAGUUUAAUCGGGACGUAAAGGUGCUGGAUAGCAGAGUUCAAAUCCAUCACUUUUAAUACUUCUUUGACAGUCAGAAGUUUUUGCAACCCUGCUAUGUCCCCGCAUCAUCUAGCCAGUGGCAGUGCUGGUCUUUUGAAUUUCUGAUCUCUGGUUUGGUUUGGGUGAAUAAUUAAACCUUUCCGCCAAGAUCACCCAAGGAAGGAAGUACAGGCACUGGACAUAACCCAGCAGGGUGAUACUUUCCAAACGUGACUCAAAUAUUAGAUUUUUAAGGUUCUUUUCCAAACUUUAUUCUCUUACUUGAACCUUGUUAUUCAGUUGAUGCUUUUAAAAAACUGUUUUCCUUUCAUAUUCACGUCUGAAGUCCUACGAUUCCUGUCUUCCACUGCUUCUGCUUCAUCUGUCCCAUUGUCUUCUCUGCCCUUUUCCUGAUUUUUAGUCCUCUGUGUCUAGUUUUUGUAGUGGCCAUUAGUUUACUUCUUUCUUUGUAACCUUGCUAAACUCAGCCCAUUUCUGUCGUCUCAAAUUUUAACCCUUACCAUGGGCAAGUCCUAUUUUUUUCCUCUGGUAAGCACUUAACUCCAUUGUUCUUAACUGUUUUUCCAGAGCGAUGCCUUUGAUUCCUAGUUUUAGGCAGAUUUUCUCACUGCCUCAAUCAUUCCCAUGACCUUGUCUUUACUAAAUACUGUUCACUUUAUUAUCUCUCAUUUCUAAAUUCCCUUCCUCUGAUCACUACCUGCUCUCUUUCAGCGUAUCUGUCUGUCUCUCUCCUCUACCCUGUCACUCACUCCUUUUGGGAUCUCCGGUCUAUUAACCUUUCUGACUCCUUUACUCUUCUCAACUGCCUCCUUCCUUCAGUGGCCUCGCUUCCUUUGACUCACUGGUCUUUAUUUUCAUUUCUAUCUGCUUCUCUAUACGUGGUUUCUUUGGUUGCUUCUCACAUUGCCCUGUCUCCAUUUCUCUCCCCAGACAUUUUUCUUGUAAUUUCUUAAUUUCCGUUCCCACCUUUCCAAAUGUCUCUGAAGAGGGUGUCAGCACAACACAGGUUUGGACUUAACUCUGCCUUACCUCUUUUAAUUCUCCUUUCAAAUGGACUUUUUAAUCACUUUUAUCCCCCCUUUUCUUUUUUUCUUAUUGAGCUUGCUUGCAGAUUUGCUGUUAGUUUUAGUUCUCCAUUCAAUCUUGAUACAAAAUGUGUCUUCAAAACCAAUCCUGAUUUUGCAUGAUGAGAUCUUUUUCAAAAUUGUUCUGCACCUCAGGAUUGGUUUCUGAAUUAGACUUUGCUGCCUCAUAACUAUAUAAGUUUGCCCCUUUUAUGUCUCUCUCCUUUCAUUGAAUGAUUUCUUCCUCUUUUAUUCCCCUUCUUAUUUUCUUCACUAGCAACCAAGCUUCUCUUUCCUGUUGUCUUGAAGGGGAUAGCAGCUGUCAUCCUAACUGGUUCUCUUUUUUAAUACUUUGCCCUUUAUUUUCCAUUGUCAUCCCCUAAUUUCAUGUACCUGAACAUCCUCCCUCCAAUUGACUUUCAAUUUUUUUGGCUUUACACUUUAAUUUGAAUGCCUGAAAAAUCCAGUGCUUCCUUCUCCAGACUGGUUCUCCCAUAGUUCUCUCUCCAGAUGAUUCCUUGAGUAUCCAGCUGAAGUCUCAGACCUGUUCAGAUUCAAAGAUCUAAUUUUUAUUCCUAUUUUCUAACAUCUCUGACAACUUUACUUGACUAUUUUCCAGGGCCACAACCUUUCUAUCUCUGACACUUCUCCCAUGCCUGUGCAUCAAAUGUCUCAAAGUUAGUACUAGCAGAUUCCAGCCCUCUUCACUAUCUGUGUUCUUUCUUAUCUUUUAUCUUCACUGUUUUAACCUCUGUGUCAUUUUGACUUCUUUUCUCCCUUCAAAGUACCAAAAUUGACAGGACUAAACUACUGGCUUUGGGCUUUAGCUGUUUCAUGUGCUGGAGAAGGAAUUCCACCAAAUUACUAUUUGUUUUGGUUUCUUUUAAGACACUUGAGUCCCGCAGAUUUGGUCUUAUUUCAGGACUAUAGAGCUAGAGUAGAUUGUAUUCCCCCAAGUACUUCAAAAGUCUGUGAAUUUGGGUCUUGAUUUCAUUUUUUACCGCUUCAGAUACAGUAAAUACACAAAGAAAUUAAGGGCAAAAAAAUUUGUAUGUAACUUUGUCUUGUCUCUUUUCUGCACAUACAGCUAACAGUUGUUUUCUGUUGUAGCAACUUGAUUUUACUAUUGCUUGAAAUAAGAAUGUGCUUAGGAGCUUCACUGGCUGGAUCCAGAGUGUUGGGCACAACUGUCUGUUUUGUUACUGUCCUGCUCUUGCACUGGCUUCUCUUACUUGCUGCCUUCUGUAUCUUGCCUAAAUGAAUAUUUGCUAUUUCACACUGUAGGGUAGUGUAGUGCAGUUGAGCCAGCUGCAAAUGAGACAGCUGGUAUACUUGCAGGAAUACUAAGAGUUCUUAUCAACAGCUAAGCAUCUAUUUGUCCUGUAGGUCUAGAACUGAGCUCUGUACUGUCCUACUCUAUCCACGUUACCAUAAUUUAAAGCCAAAUCAGAUCAGCCUUCAUGGUGGACGGCAUGGUUUUCUGUGGCAUGGUUUCUUCCCAGUUUUAGCAGGUAUUCAGAUUUGGAAGACUUCAUUGUGCAGAGGUUCAGUGUUGAUCAGAUGAUCUGAUUUUUGACUGCUCAUGAUUAUCCUCACAUAUAUGUUGAGAUUGAGAAGGAAAAUUCUUCAUAAAACUGAGAAGUUUGGGGGUUCGGGACUGGGGGAUGUAGAGCUGGAUGUGAGAUUGUUUGGUGUGUGUGGAUAUACACAUGUUUAAUCACUGUUUAUUUGCACCAGAGUAAUUCUUUUAUUGCAGAGGAUCAGUUUCUUUUGGCACAAAACAAAGACUUUUACAGUAUUUUUCAGGUUUUGUGUUUGUUAUUUGUUGCCAGUUUGUACCAUGUCGUGCCAUUAGUUAAUUUGUUCUUCUGCAACUGCCUUAAUGAUGGGUGGAGGCCUUGUACCUUUUGUCUAAUAGAAAUCUUCUGUUCAUAUGGAAAUAAAAAUAAAUUAAGAAAUUAGGUGCUUUGAGUCCUUCCUGAUAGUUGUGCUUUAAAUCCCAACAACAGAAAUGUUCCCUGGGAUAGAGCAGAGAUGUUCUGGGGUUCCCUGCCUACUCUCCACUUCCCAGCUCCUCAUUCUGUGGUGUUCCUGGAGCACUUGCUGGUGGCACGGCACUGCCAGAGUAUCAAGGGCUGGUAGAAAUGUGGAAACUAAAAUGUUGAUGCUAUCCCGCUUAUGUUCCUGGUGUGUCCUUUCUCAGUGUGAAUUUUUAAAAAUGACUAGGAAGAUCUUUGGUAUUGUUAUACAGCAGCUUAUUGCUCUUUACACGUUUGGCAUUAAAACUGUGUUUGCUGUUACAAAGAGAAUUUUAAAUCAUGCAAAGGCUGUUAGUUUGCCUUUUAAUGUGCAGUGAUGGAACUCUUCUGUACUCUUCAUUUGCUGGUUGUUUCUUUAAUUUCAGUCAUGCUGAUUGUUCUAAAGGUGAUCAUUACGGAUGAGUAUUGCAUUUUCUGGUAAGAUUUUGUUGGGAGAGGGAAAGAAGGGAAGUGUUUAUUGAUUUGUUUGAAUUUGGCUGCUGAUUGUGCUUGGAUCAAAUUGUAGAAUUGUUCAGGUUGGAAGCCUUGGGAGAGGUCUCUAGCCCAACCUCCUGCUGAGAGCAGAGUCAGUGCAGAAUUCAGACCAGGGCUCGGGGCUUCAGCCAGUUGGAUCCUGACAACCUCUGGGGAUAGAGAUUAUGCAGCUUCUCUGGGCAGCCCGCUCACUGUAGCGGCUUCACUGUAAACCUUCUUUUCCUUGUGUUCAGUUAGAAACUCUGAAAUUAGAAAUAAUGGCCGUUGUUUGUUCUCUUGCCGCUCCUCAAGUGCGUUUUGCGUUGCAGAAAAGGUAAGUCAAAUGGUGAAACAAGCAGCCAACUUAGGAUGUUUAAUUUUCUGAAACCGUUGUUGCAAGUGAAUAAAUAUGUUCAUGUGGUUCUUCUGUAUCCUGUAUGACGUGUCCACUAUAUUAAUUUACUCCUUGAGUGUAAAAUAAAAUCUUUGGCAGUUAAACUCGA